AUGGCGGAUUAUAGGAGUUUUUCAUUUACUAAAAUGAUUGGCUGCUGGAGUUGCUUCGGGUUGAUAAAGAAACAACCUAGACGCAGACGGACUAGGCGGAGCAUAAAGAAUUAUCUCUCUCAGGGGCUGUUGACGGAUGGAGAAACGGAGUGUGAUGAGGUAUCACAUAGUGGAGAUUAUACUAGUAACAAUACUAGUGGAGACGAUAGUGAUGUGCAAAAUUUACCCAACCGUUCGGAGGAUAUUUUGAACUUUAGAGCGGAGAAUGGCAUGAUUUGUAGGCCUUUUCCUGCUAAGGAGACUGACAAGCUUGUUCGAUCUGAGGAUGAAGACGGGAACAAGAUGUUAAAUGAAUAUAUUCGAGAGUAUAAGAUUGGUUCUGGUAGCUAUGCCAAAGUGGCUCUUUACCAAAGUAGUAUUGAUGGACGACAUUAUGCAAUUAAGUCCUUUCAUAAGUCUCACUUGCGAAAGCUUCGAGUGGCUCCAUCUGAGACUGCCAUGACAGAUGUACUACGUGAGGUACUCAUCAUGAAAAUGUUGGAACAUCCUAAUAUCGUUAAUCUCAUCGAGGUGAUUGAUGACCCGGAGUCGGAUGACUUCUACAUGGUACUUGAAUACGUGGAAGGCAAAUGGGUUUGCGAGGGUUCAGGUCGUCAAUGUGCCAUUGGUGAAGAGACUGCUAAGAAAUACAUGCGUGAUAUAGUCUCGGGAUUAACUUAUCUUCAUGCUCAUAAUAUAGUGCACGGGGAUAUAAAACCUGAUAAUCUGUUGAUUACCCGCAAUGGGACUGUAAAAAUAGGGGAUUUCAGUGUCAGCCAGGCUUUUGAGGACGGUAACGAUGAGCUUCGUCGAUCACCUGGCACUCCUGUUUUCACUGCACCAGAAUGCUGUUUAGGUCUUACUUAUCACGGCAAAGCUUCUGACACAUGGGCAGUAGGAGUAACUUUGUACUGUAUGAUACUGGGCGAAUACCCAUUUCUCGGAGACACACUUCAAGAUACAUACGACAGAAUAGUCCAUAAUCCCAUAGAAAUUCCGGAUGACAUAAACCCGCAGUUAAAGAACUUAAUAGAAGGAUUGCUUUGCAAAGACCCAGAACAAAGGAUGACUUUGACUGAAGUUGCUGAGCAUGAUUGGGUUAUUGGAAAUGACGGGCCAAUCGGUAAGUACUCGUGUUGGUGCAAACGCAAGAGUCUGGUGAUUGAAGACUUUGAGGAGAGCAAUGUGGUUGCUUGA